AUGGCGCCAUCGCCCCGCGACCGCCGCUGUCUCCAUGGAGACGCGAGGCCUGCCCCGCCGCCUCACACCCGCACCCCCGGGGGGCACCCGCGGAGCGGGAGGGAGCGCGGGGAUGGCGGCUCCAUAGCGCGGUGCGGAGCGGGAGGGAGCGCGGGGAUGGCGCUGCGGUACCCGAGGUGUGACGGAUCCGCCGCCCGCCCCGGGCACAGCCCGGCUGGAGCUGCGCGCACCGCGGAGCCCCGCGGGCAGCCGGUGCCGGGGGGAUGGCGCCGGCACCACCCGGGUCUCGCUGCAGGAGCAACCCCCCGCGCCGGCCCGCAGCGCCCAUCCGCAGGACUGGCCGCGCCCGGGCAGGACAAAAUGGAGCCGUUUUACUUCUCUGACCUCGGGCUCCUAACAGAAAACAAAGCUAUGGAAAGGAUCCUCUGCCCCAUGGCUGCGCAGCUCUGCCACCUCAUCCUCGCCCUGGAAUGGGAAGAUGGGAUUUGUCCCGAUAUAGAGGAGAACGCAGAAACAUUGGCCCAAGCCACAGAAGAACUCGCUGCUGUUGCAAGAAGGUUGGCUGAGGAGUCCAGCGACGAGGUGCUGGAGGAGGAGAUGUGUCCUGCGGCCCAGUCCCUGGUGCUGGCGGGGAGCAAGGUGCUGGUGGCAGCCCGCAGGCUCCGGGGGCAGCCCGACAGCCCCGGCCCCAGGGAGGAGCUGGCAGCGGCCGCGCAGCGGGUCCUAAUGGAGACAGCGAAGAUCCUUCAGAUGGAAGAUGCUGCCGGGGUGAGGAGGAUCCUGCAGGCUGCCAGCUGGCUUCUGGAGUGCCUGAGUGUGCUGCAGGCCGCAGCGGACACGCCAGCAGUGCUGGCUGCUUUCCAGGCCUUCUCCGAGGCCCUGCUCCUGCUGAGCAGCCUGACAGCAAAGCGCCUCGAGGAACUGGGGGACUGUCCUCGACAGAAGAGCUUGGCUCAAACCUUGCAGCUCCUCCAGCAGCGUGUCCCUCUGCUGCACGCAGCCAAGGACAAGCAUCUUAAACACUCCCGGGAUCAGCAAGUCAGCUGCUCCAAGGAUGAUGCUUUCCAGCUGGUGGAGAGGACCAUCAAGGAGCUCAUGUCCCUGCUCACUGAUGACACAGGGAGCAAGGAGCCAUGGGACAGAAGCGGGACCUUCUCCGAGCACGUGAGCAGGCUGCUGGCUCUCCUGUCCCCCCCAGACCCCCUGCUCCUCUCUGACAGCACCUUCAGUGCUCACGUGGGAGCGGUGGUUUUCCACUGCAUGCUCCUGGCAGAGGCAUCCAGGCCACAUCAAAGGCUGGACCUGGUCAGACGUUGCUGGGUUCUGCUACGGCUGCGGAAGAGCAUCUGCAGCCUCGCAGGGCAGCAGGAGAGGGGCCCAGGGCUGGAGGGGGAAUGUCAUUCCAUGAGGCAGGAGGUGCAGGACCUCGACCAGGUGGUGCUCGCAGCGACACUGUGCCAGGUCCUCGACACCUUCCCUGGGGGUAAGGAGCCCCUGAGGCUGUUGGUUGAAGGUGCCCUCAGCCUUGCUGCUCCGGGGUGUUUUCCUGCAGGACAAGGAGGGUUUUUAAAGCAGCUGCAGCCCCUCAUUGCUGCCUUCUUCACACAUGCCCAAGGGAUGCUCCGAGCGGCAGACUUUGUCCUGGCUCGGUGCCCCAAGCCCCACACUGCUGGAGACAUCAGGGAGCUGGUGCAGCACCUGAGGAGGCUCCUCGCCAGCGUCCCUCCUCUGCUCGCUGCAGUGAGCAGGGAUGGAGCCCAGGCGAGUGCUGCUGAGCAGCUGCAGUCCCUGUGCCACGCGUGGGCUGGCGCAGCACAGAGCCUGCUGUGGUGCUUUGAGGACACAGUCAGCACUCGUGAAUUCCUUAAGCUGUCCAUCCGGGAGAUGGCCAAGGAGCGGGAAUGGUGUGAAAGGGCCCUGGGGAGCCAGGACCCCGAGAGGUUCUCUUGGCACACAACCCACCUCAGCAGCUGGGCUCGGUGGGUGGUGGAAGCCACCACCAGGUACGUGGACAGAGCCACAGACCCCAUCUUCAGGAAUGGUUUGCUGGUUUGGGUCGAGCAACUGGCCAGCUCCAUCCUCGAGCUGAAAGCAGCUGCAGCCCUUUGUGCAGAGAGACCCUCCUGCCCCCAAACCAGGGAUGUCUUUUCCAAGGCAGCGAGCUGCCUGAUGGACGCUGCUCAGCGUGUCCAGGACGGGCUGGAUGGCUCCAACCACCCAGACAUCCUCAGCCCGCUGCGGGAACAAGUGCGAGGCGCUCCUUUUGCGAAGGGGGUUGAGCUCAGCCCAUCGUGUGCUGGGCUAAAAACCAUAAUGGAUGAGGCUGUGUUGCAAGAAGACACCUUAAGCCAUCCAUCUUCACAAGCAGGUAGCUCGCACCCAAGGAAAGGAGGCGCACACCCUGUGAUCACAGCUCUGCUGGCAGCAAGAGGAGCCCAUGACACGCCAUUGCUCAGUGCUGCUUGCUCUGCCUUGCUCGAGCUCUCCAGAGGCUGCGUGGAUGCAGCAAAGGAAGCGCUGUCCCUUGCUGAGUGUCCGCACAGGGAGACACUGGGGCAGUACCAGGAGAUUGAGCUUCUGACACCACGUGUGAUCAGCCUGGCCAGGGACACGGCCCCAGAGCAGCGUCCUUGCCCAAGUGAGCUUUUCCACGUGGCCCUCACGCUCUCAGAAAGGAUCUGCCACACCAAGGAGUGCCUGGCAGCCGUGGCAGGCUCCUGGUACAGUCUGUCUCAGCAAGUGUUUGUCUUUAUCUUGUCUGCUGACUUCCUGAGGGGCAAACAGGCUUUGGAGGAGACCAUGAUGGGAUUAGCAGGAGCAGUUCAGUUCGCAGCAGACAUUGUGAGUAUCACCUGCAGGGAGGGAAGCCCCCUCUCCCCUGAUGGCUGGGGGAGCUUUCUGCAGGUCCAAGCCAAGUUUUCACGCGCUCGGAUGAUCACCAGAGCACUGCUUGGGAAGGCAGCAUCCUUCGAGGGCUCCAGCGUGGUGGGCAGGGCCAGCCUGGAGCUGCUCUGUGUGCAGUGGGCUGUCAGCGCACACGUCCUGCUGGGCGCUGUGGAUCGGUUCCUAGGCAGGGAUGUGCUGCUCCUGAGGGAGCUGAGGAGUGCUGUGAGGAACAAGCUCUGCCCUCAGAGCCUCCUGGCUGCGCUGUCCGAGCGCUCCCUGAGGCUGCAGGAGGCUGCCCGGCUCUCCUCCUCGUCCUGCCCUGAGGGCCAUGGGCACACUGAGAUCCUAGUGCUCAGGGAGGAGAUGCAGGUGCUGAUGGAAGCGCUGCUGGAGGCCUCCAGCACCCUCCUGCUCUCCCCGCUGCCUGCUGCCAGCCUGUGCGUUCGCUUUGAGCUCCUGCAGAGGGACCUGGCCCUCCGGGCCAAGGCGCUGCUGCUCCACCUGGAGAGGGUCAAUGCCGAACACUUGCGGGUCAUCAGAGACGUGGUUGGACCUGCCCUGACCCCCCUCUCCCAAGAGGAGAGGGAAAGGAGCAAAGAGGCCUUUGAAGAGAAGGCAAAGAGGCUGAUGGCAAAUGUCCAGUGGGUCAAAACCACCCUCCACCAUGUUCUGGAGGCCAACACUCAACCGGAGCUGGAGGCAAACCUGCUCUCCAUCGCAGACCACCUCCUGCUCCUCACGUCCAACGCAGUGGGCAGCGCCAGGCAGCUCCUCCAGAGCCACCAGGGUGAAGAGCAUCUCCACCUAGAGAGCACUGUCUGGUACUGGUCUGCAGAGGCACACUACCUCGUCACACAGCUUCAGGCUGUCCAGGGCAUCGGUGGGGAUGUUGUGGAGCUCAUCAAACACUGCCUGCAGAACACAGGGGACCAGAGCUUCCCAGGACACCACCACAGCACAGCCAAGCUCUUCCCAGCCCUGGAGCUGGAUGCUCUGAGCCACGCCAGGUCAGCAGAGACCUGCGCCAGCAGGAGCGGACGAGCAAGAGGAGCUGCCAGGGAGGCACCUGCAAGGCACCGCAAAGGCCCUCCCAGCACCUCCCCUGCCAGCAGCCCUGUGAAGCACGAGAGAGAAAGCAGUGACACGGGGCAGGGUGGCCCCAGCAAGAUGUCCCAGGUCACCAAGGACAUGGCAACAAGGAUGCGCCACAUGACUCAGUUCCUGAAGAAGAAGGGCCCCAUCACAAGCAAGGACCAGCUCGUUGCCUGUGCGAGGCAGAUGGCUUUGGAUGGGCAGGAGUUUGUCACCUUUGGCCGUGCCGUGGCCAAGCUCUGCCUGGACAGGAGGUGCUCCAUGGAGCUGCUCUGUGCCACCGAGCAGGCCCACACCAUCAGCAGCCAGCUCGGCAUCGUGGCCAGGGUAAAAGCAGUCACUGCAGAGAGCAAAUCCUCCUCCGAGCUGCUCGUGAGCAACACACAGAACCUUGUUCAAGCGGUUUUGCACAUCCUGAAGGCAGCUGAGGCAGCGUGUAUCAAAGGUCUGUGCCAGCCCACGCCUGACUCUGAGGAAGCAGCAGCAGCUGCUUUUUGCAUGCAGUGGAGAAGAAACCUGUUGUUGCACAGAGCCAAAGAGUCCUUCACCUCAGACAGGGAUGAACUGGGGCUGCGCAGGACUGGGGCCAGCGCUGAACCCUCCCUGGUGGCGAUGGUGCAAGAACAAGCACCACACACCAAGGACACCCCCAAGCACCCAAAGCCUGGUUUAGGAUGUACAGUUAUGGGUGGCCACCUGUAGAAAGAGGAAGGGAUUUGUGCUUCCUUUGGGUGAGUGAACAGAGAAGAAUGAUGCCACGAUACAGGGCAGGCAGCAUGUGAUGAGGUACCUUCACUAUCUGCCAGUUCUGUGUUCUCCAGCACCCAAGAUGUGAACAGAAGGAUGUAGGAACACACUCAUGGCACCACCAGCAGAUCUGCCUGGGGGGAAUAUGUAGGGACAGGCCAAGGGGAAUGGCUUUAACCUGCCAGAGGGGAGAUUGAGAUGAGCUCUGAGGCAGAAGCUCUUCCCUGUGAGGGUGCUGAGGCGCUGGCACAGACUUUUCCCAGAGAAGCUGUGGCUGCCCCAUCCCUGGCAGUGUUCAAGGCCAGGUUGGACACAGGGGCUUGGAGCAACCUGCUCUAGUGGAAGGUGUCCCUGCCCGUAGCAGGGGGUUGGAGCUGGAUCAGCUUUAAGGUCCCUCCAACCCAAACCAGGCUGGGAUUCUAUAAGGGAUCAGGGGGUUCUGUGAACAACCCAAUUGCUCAUCUCCCACACGAGAAAGCCACUGAGCUGAAAGGUCCUUCUCAGGCCCUGAUCUUCAGCACUUUAUCAAACCUUUUUGCAACCAUCUCAGGGUAACAAUCCUAAACACUGCACAGGAAGGGCGGGCAGAGAGAGAGCGCCCUGCAGAGGAGCCAGUGCACUGGGCUCAUACACCAGACAUGAAGUCAAGAGGGUAAAUUGCACCAUAGAAGCUAGAGGAAAGAUGCACUGAACGAGAAGGAAGCCUAAGGGAGUUAAUGAGGGAUCACUGAGGUCUGAAACACAAAACAGGAGUGUAAUUGUUCUGUCUUUGCAAGAAUAAAUGGAUUUAAUUUGCACUAUGAAGCAUUUGUGUUGAGUCUUUUCAUCACAGUAGAGAAAUA